AUGUCGGAUCUCACGGAGUCGAGUCAACAAGUGAACAACCAGAGGUUCAACGCCGAGGCCGCGCAAUGGGAUGCGAAUAAAAAGCACGCAGAAGGCGUCACCAAGGCGUUUGACGCAAUCCAGCGCUACAUACCCGCCUUUGCAGACGGCACGUCGAAGGCCCUCGACGUGCUCGAAAUCGGCUGCGGCACCGGCCUCCUGUCCUUCCUCCUCGCGCCCCACGUCCGCUCCCUCGUCGGCGUCGACACCGCCGACGCCAUGGUCGACGCCUUCAACGCCAAAACCGCCGCCCUCCCCGACCCCUGUGCUGCAAACCUCGCCGCCGUAAACGUCCAGGUGCACAGCGCAGACGACGUCCACCUGCAGGGCGCCGCCGCUGCGCUGGCCCUGGACCGCGGCGAGUCAGGCGAGGACCUGCCGUACCGCUUCGAUCUGGUCGUGAGCCAUCUGACACUGCACCACAUCCCGGAGCUGGGAGACCUGCUGCGCACGCUGCGGGAUUGUCUGCGGCCGGGCGGCUUGCUUGCGCUGACGGAUUACGAGGAUUUUGGGGAGGACGCGGUGGCGUUUCAUCCGGCGAGUAAGCGGGCGGGCGUGGAGAGGCACGGGAUUCGGAAGAGGGAGAUGGAGGACGUGAUUGAUGGGGUGGGGUUCAACGAGGUGCGUGUGGAGCGGGCGUUUAGCUUGCGGAAGGAGGUUGAGACGGAGGGCCGGGAGGGGACGCGCGAGAUGGACUUCCCAUUUCUGAUAUGUUUGGCGAAGAAGUGA